AUGGCUCCCGCCGACGGUGCUGCGCCCGAUGCACCUGUAGCUGGCGGCGUUACCCGCCGCUUCCCGGAACUGCCCAAGGACCAUCCGCUCUGGAGCAUAGAGCUGACCAGGGAGAAUGGGAAGCAUUGGCUUAACAACCCCUUCGCAUCUGAUGCUUGCCUACUUGUCGGUGGUCGCUACUUCUUCCUUCACAGGCCGCUUGUAUCUGACCACAGCACGUAUCUGCAACACCUUCUCGAUGCGGAUUCCCCAAGUGAGGCUCGCGAUUUUACACUGCAGCUUACCGGCGAAGUGGUGGAGCCAGAUGCCUUGGCAGCUCUACUUCAUUGGAUGUACACUGGCGAUUCGAGCUCUCUCCACAGUGACAUAGUUUUUAGCCUCAUCCGGGUUGCACAGUUUCUGGGCAUGCAGGAGGAGUUCUGGCAAGUACUCUAUACAGCCAUCACAGGCAUGUGGGUGGCAUCGGGAUCAGCGAUGUGGCUGGACACUUUUGCCAAGCAUGUCAAUCGCAUUUCCCUGCUACACACGCUGGAGAUUUUGCGGAGAUGCGACAAAACUGCUGUGAAAGUACCGCCGGAUAUUCAGCUCAGCCUGCUGCUGCAAGCUGCAGAUGCCCAGAUCAGUUCUGAUCUGAAAAGCGAUUGCCAGCAACUGGCGAAGAAAAUCCGUCAGCUUGUUCCGCUUUGCGCAGAGCAAGGCCUGGUCACAGCAGCCGAGAAGCACAGCAGCUUUGAUGUUUUGGUUUCGUCGAGAGAGCUUAUGGGCGAGCUGAAGAGACGGAAAGAGCUGAAACGGAAAGCAUAUCACAGGCAGUGUUCGGUAUGUAACCUCGUAUUUGCAAACGAAGAGGAGGCUGCAGGAGCCAAGUGUUACAAAACCGUCGUGAAGCAUUCCUCUGACACCUUCGUCUCGAAGGCAGGAAAUGCCUGCUGCCGGAGGUGCAGCCAGCCAUUGCACCUUUCUAGUUUCAGGUGCACCGAGCGUGUCGAGAUGUCGGCCCACACACUCUCGUCAUGGCUUGAGAGAUGA